AUGUAUGGUUUUGAAAUGUACUUUAAUACCGAGGUAAAUGUGAUUUGUAGUGUGUCUAUAACAGUAUUACUGUAUUUUCUUUCUUACAGUCCUGAGGUUAUUAACCGACGACAUGAGGUGCCCACCUAUGAGGAAGUCAUGGGCAAUGAUCAUCCUGAAGGAGACAGACAAGGCAUAGAAAGAGACGGUAGAAUGAGUAUGUCCCUCCCUUCAUACGAGUCUUUGGUGGAUGUGGGUGUUGGGGAGGAACCAUCAUCUGCUGCAGGCCAACCAGCUCCAUCAAAUCCGGAAGAACAGCCAAUGAGGCAGAACUCUAAAGCAGGAAGAAUGUUUAAGUCUCUAAAGGUUCGCAGAAUCAAAUCUGAUAAACUGCAUUUAAAAGAUUUUAGGAUUAAGAUGACUGAGAAAACUGACCAAAGCCGGGUAGUCAUUGAACCACUAACACCUCCGCCACAGUAUGAUGAUGUAGCAAAGAAUCCAUUUGAAGAUGUCCAACGUGCUUAAGACAACUUGCACAUUUUCUCCCUGUAACUGAAACAGUCAGAUGCAGAAAAAAAUGUUAUUGUAUUUAAAGGAUAGACCUGCACAAAGUAGGCAUUUAUGUAAAAUAAUUUAUUCAGGUACUCCAGUUUUCUAAAUUUGAAAUAUUUGAACAAAUAAAAUGGAUAACUUUGUACGGA